AUGUCGUGGCAAACAUAUAUUGACGAUUCUCUCCUCGGAACCGGCAAGAUCGCCCAAGCUGCCAUUUAUGGUCUUGAUGGUACUUUGUGGGCAUCUUCUGCAGGCUUCAAUCCGAGUGCCGAAGAAAUCAAAACUAUCAUCGAUUCCUUUAAUGAUGUCCAAAAAAUUCAAGCAAAUGGAAUACGUUGCAAUGGUGUCAAAUACUUUUUCCUUUCUCACCAGGAUGAUACAAACAUUCAUGGCAAACAGGGCGCCGAUGGUAUUAUUGCAGAGAAAACAGCACAAGCUGUUAUUAUUGGGACUUAUGCUGAAGGUACCGCAGCUGGUGUCGCCAAUAAAGUUGUUGGGGACUUAGGUGAUUAUUUAAGACAGUUAAAUUAUUAG